GUGAAGCGUAGAACGUAGUUGUGAACAAUAAUUUAAAAUCUUAGACGUUACACUUGUAUUUGAACUGUAUUUGAAUCGUCGUCCGUCUAAACACAGGUUUCUAUUAAAUCGAGAAAGUAAUUGGAAAAACCGAUUAAGAACACGGUGUGCAGUGAAGACAAAAGUAGUUGUAGCAGAAAAAUGAACCAAGGCCAGGGACCAGCCAUUAACAAUUGCAGAGCAAGAGAUUCAUCCAGAGAAUGCUGCUGCAUUAUUUGCUAUGAUAAAUGUGUUUGUGUCAAGCUUUCACCGUGUGAACAUAAAUUUUGUUCGGCGUGCGUUGUAAAAAUGACUGAACAAAAUAUAAAUAACUGUCCGAUUUGCCGUAGGCAAGUGAAUCAAAUAUCACAUAUAGAUCCAAUGUCGAUUGAUUAAAAUUACUUUUAUUUUUGAAAAGAUCUCCUUUUACAAUAAUUAAUCUAAUUUUUUUCCCCAAUUUAUGCAAACUGAAAUUUUAUUUUAAUAUGAU